GAAUAGCAAAUUCAAUGCAGAAAUUGAUGUUACGCCCAGGUGCGAAUCGAUGUCUCUUAAAUGAAUUAAAAAAUGGACAGGAAAUAUGCAGCCGAAUGAGAUGCAAUCAACCUUGUCCCCGUAUUGUCACGUCACACUGAUUUCCAGCUAUCAAUAAACAAUAGUGCGAUUCGGUGUUUUUUCAUAGAGAUCGGCACGAAUGCUCAUGUAUAAAUGGAACAGGUGCAACCGUUGAUGAGAUCAGUCCAUCAUGUGGCUGCAUGGUACGAUAAUCAGGCUGUCAGCCCUGAUAGUAAUUAUUGUGACACGAGUACAGGCAACGGCAAACACGUCUGAGGUCCAAACAAAUACUCAGGCUAAUUCAAGUGCAGAUGCUACUGCAAAUGACGCUAUCAACAACGACGAAAGUGAUAACCCUGUGACGCCUGUUAUUGAAAAGGAUGAUACGCAAAGAAAUAGUGAAAAUCUUAGAGAUGUCAUAGAAUCAGCUGAAGCUUCAAAACCUUAUGCAGAUCCUAGAGAUAACGCAGCUGCGACGGAAUCCGAUCCAGUUACAGAAAGUUUGAGUACGGAAACGUCAAGUUCAUCAGUAAAUAAGGAUUUGAUAAAAGAACUAAAACCUGACGCAGCUGCAGCUGAAGAAUCUUCUUCUACUUCAAGUCCUACCACUUCCGGAAGUUCUACCACUUCUUUGGAACAGGAUGGUAUGAACCUUGACCCUUUUGAUCUCUUUGACGGAGGUGGUAGUAUCUUUGAAAAUUCCGGUCCUCAACCUGAUUCUGCAGGUGCAACUGGAUUCGGAGGACCUAUAUACGGAAAUGGCUUCUUUCCUGAUUUCCAAUUUCAUAAUUACGGUAACGGCAGUCCUGAUGAUAUAUUUAUUAACAGUGAUAGUCUAUUUUACGGUGUUCCUAAUCAGGAUGCUCUCCUGAUAGGAGCUGCCUCACAAUUCCCAAGAAUACACAUGGCAUUCCCAGGAACAGGUCCUGAAGUUGCGCCAUCAAAUACAGGUUUUUGGUCUGGCUCCAGUUCUCAAAGUAGUUCCAAUUCAGAUGGCGGAGGUUCCAGUCAUACCAGUUCCUUUGGAAUAACCUCACGAUUAGGCGGAAGUGAUCAAAACAAUCCCGGAAAUGGUGUCAAGGGCGUCUACAGUAGUACUUCGCUAGAUAUUGACUCUUCAGGAAAGGGCGUCUACAAGGUUUCUGCUGGAAAAAUUCGUUAAAAAUAUCGUUGAUUAAUAUUACAGUGCCUCUGUAAAAAUUGUUUUUUGUGUAUUAUAUAUAGAUAAUAAUUCCAGAUUUCUCCCGUAUAUGAUAUACAAUAGUACAGGUGUAUUACAUAAAUGUAUCUACAUACAUAUAUGUCUCAUGAAUAAAUAAUACAGUGCAUCUCUCAAAGCUGAGGCGUACAUAUGAAUUAUGUAUUUUAAA